UAUUUGUUCUUUUGCAGGUUGUAACUCGUGAAGCAAUAUUUGAUGGUGCAACAGACUCUAGCUUUGUAGCUUCAGUGGUCAACUGGGCUCUUCCAUAUGCUCAACGCUAUAUUUAUAGUGUUCAUCCAGACAAGUAUUUGCAGCUCAGCCGGUCUGGAUUUCACAUCUUGAAAUACCUACAGAUUGUUGUUGUAGAAAAGUUGUUCUACAGGAAUGUUAUAAAAAAGCUCUCACAUAGCAUCGAAGAAACGGUUUGAAUGCAAUUGUCUUCUAGAGGGAAACAUCUUGUAUGCCACUCAAGAAUCAGAUUCUCACUCAAUAUUCAUGGAGAUUUCUCGUCUGUUUUCUUCUGGAACUCCCGACUUGCACUUGGCAAACUUUCUUCAUAUGAUCACAACUAUGGCAGAAUCAGGUUCCAAUGAGGAGCAAACUGAGUUUUUCAUUUUGAAUAGCCAGAAAAUGCCUAAGCUUCCUGCAGGAGAAUCUGUUUGGUCACUUGCAAUUGUUCCAUUGUCAGCAGAUAGUGAGACAGGGAUGAUGAGCUCUUCUAGAACAAUUGAUGAGAAAAACCCUGUGAAAAUCAAGAAGAGACCAGGAAUCAUCUCAAACUGGCCACCUACGGACUGGAAAAGUGCUCCUGGUUUUCGACGCUCUAGUGUGUGUGUUGCGAAGUCAGAGGCAGCGCGUGGCAUACAAUCUAAAGAGGAGACAGUGGAAGAAAUUGUAAUCAAAAUACGCGAGCUGCCUCCAACUGAGAUGACUUGUGUGGAGAAUGCGGACAACGGUCCAGCAGCAGAUGCAGUUGUAGUAGGUUCACAAGAUGCUGAUCAUCUAUGUAAUGUGCUCGUACCUAUUACUAUGAAGGAGGCAUUCGAUUCUUCUCAUCCCAUGACUGAACCACAAGACGUGAAUUAUAGUUCAUCUGAUGUGACAGAAAGAGAUCAGCUGUAUGUAGGCACAACUGAUGCUCAAUGGGAAACUGUCAGGCUUGGAACCAACGAAACGGGGCUUCCCUAUGACCUUGUUGUGGGAGAUGACGAAUACAUAGAAGAAAGGCAACUAGAAUGAUGGGAAAGGAUUGGUUUCAAUUAGCUUGAGGGAAUGGCAGUUUGCAGUUAAGAAAGGUGAAUCUUUUAGUGUUGCCCAUGCUGUAUUAUUGCCCAAUAAUUCAGCAGCAGUGACAGUAUACAAAAACCCACUCAGACUUUGUCAGCUUGAUAAACUUCAGUUAGCUCUCACAAUAUCCAAAUGAUGAUAUACUCUUUAAGAUGUAUAUUAGAAUGAUACACUAAUUUCUGUUACUUCAUACCAUCAUACAAGAACUCAAUCAUCUGGACUAAAGUUUUAGCAGAUGAUAGAGAAUAAGAAAUUGUCCAGGCUUGCAUCAUUCAGUUGCCGGCUGAGCAGCAAGUCAUUAUCAAAGUGUUGCAUUAAAGAAUUUACGUUAAAUAUCUAUAUUGCUUGGACUCUCCGAAAAUAUUAAUGGGUGUGUGUCGGAUCCUCCAAAAAUAGUGAAUUUUUGAAGGAUUCAACACCGAUUCGGCAGCUGUUUUGGAGAGUUCGCGCAACAUAGUUAAAUAUUGACCUAACGUUGUUGGAGAAGCUUGAGCUGGAGAGCAGUUUCACCUCGGGGAACCAGUAAUUUCAGCUAACUGCUUCGUUGUAUACUAUAAGUCUCAUUUUAGAAAUGAUAGCAAUGUAUAUGGAGAUGUUCCUUGUAUUUAUUUUCUUGAGUAUAUCAUUGUUGAUUCAAGUAAAAUUUGUAUACUA